AUGUCAGUUGGAUUUAAAACAAUCCGAAAAAUUCUUCAGAAAAUAAUAAAAGACCCUGCGUCCGCAAGUUUUCGAAAGCCAGUUAACCUAAAUGAGUACCCUGACUACUAUUCAAAAGUUAAAGAACCUAUUGAUUUAUCUACAAUCAAAACGAAAUUAUAUGAAAAUAAAUACGAAAUAGGCUAUCAAUUUGCUAGUGAUAUGCGAUUGCUAUGAAGUAAUUCAUUUUUGUAUAAUAAAAGAGGAUCAGAGCUUUACCAAAUUACUUUAGUACUAAGCUCUGUUUUUGAAAAGCUUAUGAGAGGAAAUGAAAGCUUGGUAUUGAGCCAUGAUUAUGAUUAUUCAAAAAAGCAUAAAAAAAUAGACGAAAAACCAAUAGAAAAAUCAAUAGAAAAGGUGAUAGAAAAGCCAGAGGCAAAAUCUGAAGAAAAAGCUGAUGAAAAGACAACUGAAAAUUUAGAUAAUGAUAUUCAGGAGCCUAUUGAAGCCAAAAAAACACCAAGAAAAAAGAGGAAAACUGCAAACAAAAAGCCAAUCACUUUGAUAGAAGAUGAAAAAGAACCAGAAAAUAAUUCAGAAAAUCUACCUAAUAAUUCUCAAGAGCUUUCAGAAAAUAUAAAAACACCAAAACUAAAACGAAGAGCUGCUAAUGAAAAGCCAAUGACCAUUAUAGAGAAAAAAAAACUUUGUUUAGACAUAAAAAAGCUGAACCAAAGAUUUUUAAAUGGGGUCCUCGAAAUAGUGAAAAAAUGUAUGGACAUUAAUGGAAAACAGUUUGAGUUUGACAUAGACAAACUGCCAGCUGGAAUUUGUAGGGAACUAGAAAAAUACGUAAAGUUCUGCAUGAAAAGUUGUUCUGGCAAGCAAAGAAAAAGAAAUCCAGCGAACAGCAAAGAUAAGCAAAAUUUAAAUGAUCAACAGCCAGGAAGCAGUGAAAUGAAAAUAGAAGAACUAAGGAUGCCUCAACAAGUACAGAGCUUAAUGCAGAAAAAUUAUGAAGAAGAACUAAUUGGAAAUAUAAAUUCAAGUGAAAGCGAGAAUGAGAAUGAGAGCGAUAUGGAGCUAAUGCAUGAUGUGGGCCUUAUUCCUCCAAAUAAAGAAGAUAGUGAAAGCCUGCCGAGGGCUUCUAAUAUUUGGAAUGAAGCUAGCGAUAAAUGCUUUAUGCCUUCGAAGUUUAAUAAACAAAACUCGGCUGCCGAAAUAAUAGAAAUAAAUUAA